ACUUCCUAUCACUCUAUUUUUAGAAAUGAAAGCAUUGGUUCAAUUUAUUUGUGUCUUGGCGUUUAUGGCCGUUGGGCAUGGAUAUUUUGUUACAAUAGAUGCCCAUUCUGAAGAGUGUUUCCAUGAACGAGUAGAUGCGAAAUCAAAAAUGUCGCUCAUAUUUGAAGUCGCUCAAGGAGGUUUCCUCGACAUCGAUGUGCAGAUAACUGCUCCUGACGGUAAAGUUAUAUAUUCUGCUGAGAGAGAAUCAAACGGACGAAACACGUUUUCGGCAGACGUUGCGGGAGUGUACAAAUACUGCUUUGGGAACAAAAUGUCCACCAUGACCCCCAAGGUUGUGAUGUUUAGUAUGGACGUCUUCAACGCUAGCGCCGAGCGGGAUGAAAGCGGGAAAACAGAAGACGAAGAAACAUCUCACAACAAGCUGAAAGAAAUGGUGGAAAAACUAUCCAGAGGCCUUACAAAUGUCAAACACGAGCAGGAAUACAUGGAAGUGAGAGAACGAGUCCACAGACAGAUUAACGAGAAUACGAACUCUCGAGUUGUUCUCUGGGCUUUCUUCGAAGCGGCGGUUUUGGUGACAAUGACAAUCGGUCAAAUCUACUACCUGAAAAGGUUUUUUGAAGUCAGAAGGGUCGUUUAGUGCGUGUGUGUGACUAAUCAAAUUGAGAAAAAAUGUUGGGAUUCGCUCCGUCAAACUUACUACAUAUAUAAGAGACGUAUCAUUGAUGGCGCAUCAAAUAACUUCGUUCAAGACUUGAAUGCCAUUAGUGGCAUACUUUACUGGACUCAAAAUCAAUAAUCGACUUGUGGCUAGCUAAAAUGUUUGCUAGCUCCUUAAAUGAAAUUAUGGAAAAAGCACAUACUUAUCAAAUCAUCCCCAUCCCGAGAUCUUGAAGAGCUCUGAAAAGUUAUGUAUAAAUGUUUAUAAUUAAUGGUGUUUCAACCGAGGUAUGCUAUUUUUGUGUUGUAAAGUUGGUGCUGACAACGUUAAAUUUAUUAUUGGGGCUUCAAAGUUAGUCGAUUUGAUCGAGAAGGAAAAAACUUACAUUGUUUGAGAAAUGUUAUUUAUGUGAUGUAGUAAAUGCUUUUGUAUGUAAAAUGAUUAAAAUGACUUCUAAUACUAUCUGGUAUCUGACGCGGUAGUAAGGGUUAUACGUUUUUGUGUAUUUUAAUUUUCCUUCCGUUUCAAUAUUUGUUAUCAAUAUAAUGUUCAGAAUUUUUCGGAA